AUUCCCUGCUCCUGGCACAGCCCAGGCUGGCUCCCAGCAAAUCUGAGGAGGGAGGUUCAUCCAAAGCACAGUCGUUAUUUUUUUACUGAAGAGCUGCCCAAAGAACUUUCAAAUUCCUGUUUUCCCUCUCUCUUAGGAAUGCCCUUGAUCCAGAGCACUUAAGAUGUGGAAAGAAGAUAAUCAGGGAUGAUGCAAUGUUAAAUUUUGGCUCUACUGCAGGUGACACAGGGCCCUGGGGACUGCACUGCAGAUCUACCUCUGGAUCUACAUCAGACCACCACCUACAGAUAAGUGCACAGCCCAGAGAAGCAGAGAGAGGGAGGUGGAAAUGAAGAGUCUAUCUGAGCACACACAGCACAGGAAGGUGUCAGACUUCAAGCAAACACUCACUGAUGUCCAACAGCCUCUCACAGAGCCACAGGAACCAGCCGCCAGCUUCUCCCUUUCGGCUGCGCCGGGGGAAUUUACUCCUCGGGGCAUUUCCUCGGCCACUUCCCCGUCCCCGCGGGCCGGGGCUGCGGCGGUGCCCGGAGCGGGGGAAGCCCCGCGGGCGCGGUUCGUGCUCCCCGCUCCUCCCGGCCGGGGCGAGGCAGCAGCGCCCGGAUCAGAGCGAGCCGUGCCCGGGGGGAGCGCCGGGCCCAGCCCAGAUGGCUGAGCACACCAGCAGGGGCCUGCAGGACCUGCCGGGCUCUUCUCCCGAUGAAAACGAGUUUCCUGUUGGAUACCCCACCAGCAUCUGCCAGGAUGUGCCUGGGCAGAAGUACCUGUGCAGCAACUGCAACAACAUCCUGAAGAAGGCCCUGCAGACGCUGUGUGGGCACAGGUACUGCUCUGCCUGCCUCGCCUGGAUCCUGCGAAACAGUAAAAAUGCAAUUUGCCAGAAAUGUAAGGAGGAAGAUCCCAACACUCUGAGUGAGGAAAGCCUGCUGGCAGAAGAAAGGGCUUUUGGUGAUGCUGCCAUCAAUAAAGAGAUUUCUGAACUCAAAGUCCACUGUGUGACCCUCGGGUGCAGCUGGUCUGGUAUCAUGAAAGAUUUUGAAGAGCAUCAGAGCUUAUGUGAAUAUGCUUUAAUCCCUUGUCACACUGGUUGUGGGCACGUGGUGAUGAGGAAAAAACUGGCAGACCACUUGGAAAAUGGCUGUGUCAAUAAUGUGACGGUGUGUCAGCGGUGCCAGCGCAGCUUGUCCAGCUCUGAGUACCAAGAACACUCCUGUGAAGACAAUUUGUGUAAGGAACAAAACCACCUGCAAACAGAAACACCCGAGGAAAAGCAGAGCCUCUCUACACCCUCAGCCCCCAAGGGUGGGUGUCUCUUCUCUGAAGUGGGCUGUUCAUUUAGGGGAAGCAAAGAGAAGGUGAAGGAGCACGAGAAAGCUGCAGUUGGGGCACACUUGCUGCUGCUGCUGCAGCACCUGAGGCAGCUGGAGGGAACCCUGUGCUCUGCUGCCAAGGCUGCCCACAGUGCCACCCCCCAGGCAGAGCUGAACGGGAACAGGGCAGGAAAAGGCAUCUCCAGCCUGCAGAUGCCAGCAGGGCUGGGCACAUGGGGGGAUCUGGAAGUGGACUGUCUCCCUGGAGCUUCUGUUUCUGAGGAUGAGUCUGCCCUGCAGCAGCUGGUGAGGGAGAAAGUGGUUUCUGAGCUGGAGAACAAGCUGCAGGUGUUUGAGAACAUCGUGGCAGUGCUCAAUAAGGAGGUGGAGAGCUCCACCCUGGAAAUCAUGGCCUUCCGCAGGCAGAGCGAGCUGGACCAAAACAUCAUCCGAGGCCUCGAGCUGAAGAUCGCGGAGCUGCAGCGGUGCCUGACGCAGAAGGACGCGGGGCUGAGCAGCCUGCACAAGAGCCUGCUGUUCUCAGAGCAGGCCUCCUACGAUGGCACCUUCCUCUGGAAGAUAACAGACGUGGGCAGGAAGCUCCAGGACUCCGUGACUGGCAGGACAAUGGGGUUGUACUCACCAGCUUUCUACACUGCGAGGUAUGGCUACAAGGUGUGUCUGAGGGUGUAUCUGAACGGGGAUGGCACAGGGAAAGGGACCCACCUGUCCCUGUUCUUCGUGGUCAUGAAAGGAGACUAUGACGCUUUGCUCCCCUGGCCUUUCAGGCACAAGGUGACGUUUAUGUUGCUGGACCAGAACAACAGGGAGCACGUCAUCGACGCCUUCCGGCCCGAUUUGGCGUCCGCGUCCUUCCAGCGGCCGCUGCACGACAUGAACGUGGCCAGUGGCUGCCCCACCUUCCUGCCCCUGGCCAAGCUGCAGUCCCCCAGGCACGCCUACGUCAAGGAGGACACGCUUUUCCUCAAGUGCAUCAUAGAAACCAACUAGAGGAUCUUGGCAUCUGGGGGAUCCCCACCCAAAAAGCCGCCGGUUUGGAGGCCUCGUGCGGGUUUUCGGGCGCACGCGAAGCCCGCUCGUGUCACCUGGAGGAUCCCCCUGUGCUGCAGAUGCCAAGGGGCUUCCCCCAGUGCCCACGGGAUGGGAUUAUCCCACCCAGACAGCCGCUCCUCCCUGUGGGGGUGUUGGUUCCAUCACCCCCAGCCCGUCUGGGGGGGUCUGUGGAGAAAGCACCGCUCUCCCUCACACCCAGCCCGGCCGGGGUUCCUGGCAGGGACUGAGGCUCAAAUCCCUUGGAUUGCCAGGUUUGGGGGGUGCAAGGGGGAAGCUGAGCAUUCCCAUCCUCUGGCAGCACCGUGGCACGUGCAGCUCCCUGUGCAGGAGGCACAGAGUCCUGGGAGAGCUGCACCUGCAGCCCCAGGGUGGGAUUCUGGCUCUUCCCAGCAGGACCAAGGGCAGGUUCCUCCCCCUGAGGUGUCCCUGCUCGUGGGGCAGCACUGGUGGCUCCCCUCCCUGCCCUGGGGGAUUUCUCCCUUUCUUUAUUUUGGACCUGUGUUUGUGUGCCCUGGAGACAGAGCUUGUGCUGCAGCAGCAGCAGGGACCAGAUCACCCCGUGCCUUGGGGGAAUUACUCCUGGGUUUCCAGAGGAGCUGUUUGAUUUUCCUGAUUUUCCCAUUGCAGAUCUGGAGCUCUGGGGUUUGGAAACCCCUGGAAACCCAGAGCUCUGCUCCAGGCAGGACAGGGAUCCCUCAGUGGCUUUGAACUCUCCAGUCACUUCUUGAACCUUCCAGGCAAGUGACUUAUUGGAAAUUAUUGAUUUUUUUUUUUUACUACUUUUUUUCACAUGCUCUGAUGUUUCAGUCUUUUCACACCCUGAAACAGAAGUAACUGCAGAAAUGGGUUUUCCUUUUUUUUUUUUAAUAGAAGUAAGAAAUUAAUAAUUAUUUUUUUUUAAUAUGCAAGAGCAGCUUGGCACUGUCUGGAUGUGUGCAAAACCUCUCAUUUCUAUCUUGACAGCAUCCUUUAAAAUAAUUAGUUGUGAUAAAGUAUCACAUUUCCAAAACACCCACCCCAUAAACAAAUAUUUAUCAAAGCUUGUUUGGGAAGAAACUGGAUAUUCUUUGCCAUCACAGACACACAGUCUCUCUGCCUGUCUGUCUUUUCCUCUAUUCAAUAUUUAAAGUGUCUUUCAAGGACAGAAAGUUAUUUUUCCAGCCCCUGUAACCACACUGGGGUCAUUUGCCUAAAAAUAUUCUGCUUCUCAUGGCUGUAUCACUGUGGCAAGUGCUGUAUUUAUUACAAUCAGUCAUAUUUUCUUACCAUUUUAUUUAUUUCCUGAAUAAAGCUCAGUAACUUAGGAAA